CCCGAUCGUGGCGCAAAACUUCAAAUUCUACAACUUUCUCUCCCGUUUUAUAAUAAAAAUACCCAUAAAAAAAAAAAAUUUCCCCCCGAUUCUGUUCUCCACAUAAAAAGUCGUUUUUGCGCUAAUGAAAAAGGUCUUAUGUUGAUACUGGAUCUUUUUUCCUUAUGUUUGCAUAAUAUUCUAUCGUACGAAUUGUGUUUCAGUUUUGCAUUCUUUUCAGACUUUCUUAAUUUUCUCUUUAAUUCAUCUAAUGUCGAACUUAAGAGAAACUGAUAUGGUAGGGACGUAUCCAAGAACGCUAGUCUUUAAUAUCAUUUAACUUGUUUUACAUUACUUGGUUAGCAAAAGCAUAGGAUCCAACAUGCUCAAAUAAUUUGUGUUUAAAUGUGGGAAAAUUUGUUUGCAAUAACGAGAAAAAAAAGAUUACAACAGAAAAAUACAACGUUCGGAAAACGAAUUUCUUGGCAACAGUAUUCCUAGUAAUUUUUCUGUUUUUCUUCUUAGGAAUGUUAGUGGAAUAUAUAGCUGAACGCACGGUAGGUUUAACAGACAAAUUUAUGUAUAGUAUAAUAUCGGAAAAAAUACCAUUUACAGCAACUCGUCGUCCUACAACCAUAUUUGCAGACACCGAGAACUUUUUCCAUUCAAUUACCUGGUGUCAUACGCCAUUCGAUGCUAAAUUCAAUGCUGAAUACAGGAAUGAAAAUACUUAUUUCUUGAAAGUUUAUUGUAGUCGAGAAAAUCAUAAUAUACCUGCCGGAUUAUGUCCCACAAUCGAUAAUUGA